AUGUCCGAGACUUUGGAUGUAUGUCUUGAAGAGAUUACCAAGUCAAUUGAUUCUAUUAAUACGCUUUAUUUCAAACCACCUGGAAUCUUCCACAAUGCAGUAGUUCACGAUGGACGGGGACAGAGUUACAGUAGUAUCAUUACCAAACUCAUACGAGAUUGUAAUCCACGAGAAGAAUUGUCACUAUUCAGCGUAGAUCCUAAAAGAAAGAUUCCCAGAAGAAAAGAUGGUAAAGAAGGUGUUUUGGAUUAUUUGGCUGAAAGAGAUAUCAAUUUAAAGAGAAAUAGACGCAUUGGUUUGCCUGAAGAAAAACCUGUCAUACACGUUCCCAAAGAAUUUUACCUAAAGCAGCAUAAUCAGGUAUUAGCUGCUAAGCGUCAAAAGACCGGUGCUCUCUUCUUCGACCUAGAUACGAAUUCAGUAGCCGCUGCUGGCAGCGAUCCCGGUAUAUUUGAACUACUCGAUGCCAAAUUAGACGAUCCUCAGAUUACCAAGCUUUUAUACGCUCUAAGAAAUGGUAGUGUUACAUUUGAAGGCACCCCGGAAGGUACUCAAAGAAGUACCAUGUUUGUUGAGGAUUUCUCUGCGGAUCUUUUACUCAAGGUGCUUGAGGAAGUAUCUAACCAAUGGCCUCUAAGCGAAUACAAGGAGACUUAUUUGAAAUAUCUCACAAAUUAUCAAGACCUAGAAACUGAAAUUCAACUGAUAAAAAAGGAAUUGAAAUUGCAAGAGGAUCAGUUACAAGCUCAAUUACAAUUCCAACCUUCGUCUUCUCACGUCGUGGGAAAAUUGAUUGAGAAGGAGCAAAGCGAAGUAGAAUUGCUCGAACAAGAGAUCGCAAGAAUGGAACAGGAGCUUGAAUGA